AUGUUGUUGUCUGCAUCUCGUAAUACUCCCAAAAUGGCAAUUCCUUCAGCUUUAAGGUUUAUGUCUACAAUUAACAUGAAAAGAGCAAUGGCUACAGCCACUUCCUCCGGGACAUCCUCCACAACUGCAACAAAGACUACCCCCAUGGAAGACAAUGGAUCCGGUGAUGAUGAAGUCACCAUCAAUUUGCCAAAGGAAUCCUUUGAAGGGUAUCUUGUGGAACCACCCUCUUUAUCAUACAAGACCUCUAAAGCGGAAUUGUUACAAAUGUAUAAAGAUAUGGUCAUCAUUAGAAGAAUGGAAAUGGCCUGUGAUGCUCUAUAUAAGGCUAAGAAAAUUAGAGGGUUCUGUCAUUUAUCUGUUGGUCAAGAAGCAAUUGCUGUAGGUAUUGAAAAUGCUAUCACCAAGUUGGAUUCAGUGAUUACAUCUUAUAGAUGUCAUGGUUUCACUUAUAUGAGAGGUGGUGCGGUUAAAGCUGUCCUGGCUGAAUUGAUGGGUAGAAGAGCAGGUGUCUCUCAUGGUAAAGGUGGGUCUAUGCAUUUGUACGCACCUGGUUUCUAUGGGGGUAAUGGUAUUGUCGGUGGUCAGGUUCCAUUAGGGACUGGUUUGGCGUUCGCUCAUCAAUAUAAGAAUGAAGAUGCUUGUUCUUUCACACUUUAUGGUGAUGGUGCCUCUAAUCAAGGUCAAGUAUUUGAAUCCUUUAACAUGGCAAAAUUAUGGAAUCUACCCGUUGUCUUCUGUUGUGAAAAUAACAGAUAUGGUAUGGGUACUGCUGCAUCUAGAUCAUCUGCCACUACAGAAUAUUUUAAACGUGGUCAAUACAUCCCAGGUAUUAAAGUUAAUGGUAUGGAUGUUCUAUCCGUUUAUCAAGCAUCUAAGUUUGCUAAGGACUGGUGUGUCUCCGGUAAAGGUCCAUUAUUGUUAGAGUAUGAAACUUACAGAUAUGGUGGUCACUCUAUGUCUGAUCCAGGUACUACUUACAGAACUAGAGAAGAAAUCCAAAACAUGAGAUCCAAGAAUGAUCCAAUUGCAGGUCUAAAGAUGCACUUGAUCGAUUUAGGUAUCGCUACUGAAGCUGAAGUUAAGGCUUACGAUAAAUCUGCUAGAAAACAUGUCGAUGAACAAGUUGAAUUAGCUGACGCAUGCGCUCCUCCAGAGGCUAAAUUAUCUAUCUUAUUCGAAGAUGUCUACGUUAAGGGUACAGAGACUCCAACCCUAAGAGGUAGAAUCUCUGAAGACACUUGGGAUUUCCAAAAGGGUGGAUUUGCUAACAGAGACUAA